AUGGCCAUCAAAAAUGGCACCAGGCUUUCACGACUGUGGUCUGAACCUGAUGGUCUUCUCCAUCGCGCAACCCUACACCAAACGAACGGCAAACUCGUAUUUCCCGAGGAACUCAUCCACAUGACAUUUGAUCUCUACGGGACGGAGAUUGCAGGAACAACGAGCCAUCGGGCAAGAACGACAGAGGAAGUCUCCAGGGGAUCAUCUCGGCCAGCGAGUCGGCGUGAAAGCCUGACCCAGGCGAGAGUUCCGAAUCCCUCGCCACCCGAGUCACCGGCUGCAGUUCAAGCCGCACAAGAGGCACUCGUCAGUCAGGUCGUUCGCACCCACCAAAGACGUGUCGAGAGGAUUCCUCAACCGCCACUGGAGGUGACGGGCAAGACCUUUGCGCAGGCUCCUUUGGAGGCUUUCCGUAGCGCAUACCCUUCCUAUUCUGGGAGCAUUGACGACUUCGUAAAAGCUUGUCUGACCAUCAAAGACCUACGCCGAAAACUUCUGCUUCCCAAGUGGCUCUACGAUGAUUUUAUUCGAGCUUUUGUGGAUGGCUUCGUCCCUUACAUCGAAACUCUGGACGACGACGAACCCCCACUUUCGGCCUAUCAGUGGUACGUUGAGCAUGUCGACCGGCCGACAUUUGAAGGCGGCAUUGUGACGCGGGAGAACCUCCACCAAGUCUUCAAGGUGUACCACAGCGAAUUCAAAUCCGCAAAAGAGUCUGUUUUAGUAAAGACAUCUCCGAAUCUGGGAGCCGGACAGAUGCCUUCCUUCGACAAGGCCGAGCUGCAACUUGAGAAGGGUCCUCAAGCGACAGUUGCCCAGACAUUUGAGCCCACAGAGGCUCGACCAGAAAAUCAUGAGGCGAGAAGAACAUCCGCCGCUCUCUCCCUUUUGCCAAAUCAGCCUUCGUCUGUCACUGCUCAAGAGGCAAACAAGGGACCUGCAAUUGGACCACAUGCCAGCAUCAAAGUCAAAGACCACGGCCUCAUGUCUAUGGCAUCGCGUACUCCCCUCCCUGAAGGGGACAAGGGCAAACAAAGAUUGCCAAUCAAAGAGCAUCCAAUCUUGUGGGACGCUCCAGCAUCAGCUCCGGCCAUCCAGCGUCACAGGAACGCUCUCCCGAGGGACGGGGACAUCACCUUCGUUUCCAGUACCCCGCGACCUCGGACGGCGAACUCAAACGACGCCAGUUCCUUCAACAACAACAACGACCGAACCCACGACGAUCGCUUUCUCGUCACUAUCCCGACCACGCAGACGACCGUUCGUAAACCAAUGCUGUCGGAGUGGAAGGAUGCCAUUCCUGCGAGACUUGACAGGAACGACAUCGUCGCAGAAACGCCUGCUCGGGGUUCGGCGGCUCCUGUCAAGACCCCGACUCAACACCCCGCGGUGCGCCGAAGCCUGCCCAUCUCAUUCACCCCCACCACGCCCUCGGCCUCCUUACCGAGCGUAGAAUCGCUGCGGGGUGGCACGCCGAAAAGGACGCUUUCGGACAACCGUAUCAAAAAGCCCAAGAACGAAACGGAGGAGGAGAGAAAGAAGCGGAAAAUGAGGGCCAAGCUUGAGAAGAUGGCCAAGGAGGGGCGCCUGGCGCCGCCGCCCAGUUCCAUGGCUCCCAAGUCGUAG